UUGCGUCUUCUCCGGUCUUGUCCCCCCAUAUUUUAGUGACUUCUCUGGUGAAGCCCCCUCGUUUGGUGGCAUCCACAUUGCAUUUGCAUAGCACCAAAGGCUGCUGGGAAGAGCCCCUCACUGUGAGUUCAGGAGGACCGAGACGAAGUCCAGGGGACCCACGCGCCUAACGGCGCCCAAAUCAUAUAACUCGAAAUUUAAAUCAGCAGUAGUUCAUCCUUGGAUGUCCACCAUGACCAUGGCUGAGGCCAUCUGCAUGGCCCUCUUCUGCUGUUUGCUCGGACCAACGCUUGGGCUCAGCAGCCUCCAAGGUUUAGACUCUGGAAGGACUCGAAGGGGCUUGUUUGGAACAGGACUGCUUGAUGGUGUCCUUGGAGGUGGAAACAAAGGCAGUGGAGGAGUCCUUGGUGGUGUCCUUGGUGGUGGUGAUACUGGUGGAGGUGGAGGAGUCCUUGGUGGUGUCCUUGGUGGUGGUGAUACUGGUGGAGGUGGAGGAGUCCUUGGUGGUGUCCUUGGUGGUGGUGAUACUGGUGGAGGUGGAGGAGUCCUUGGUGGUGUCCUUGGUGGUGGAGGACUGCCUGGUGGUGUCCUUGGAGGUGGAGACAAUAGCAGUGGAGGAGUCCUUGGUGGUGUCCUUGGAGGUGGAGACACAGGCGUGCUUGGUGGUGUCCUCGGUGGGGAUGCAGGAGGAGGCCUCCUUGGGGGUGUCGGAGGUCUUCUCAACGGUACAGCCAGUGGAGUCUUACCUGGAGGUGGCGGUCUCCUGAACGGGAUUCUGAAUCAGACGCAACUUGUCAAUCUCCUCACGGGUCAGAACGGUCUUCUUGGACUGAAAGGUAUCUUCAGCUUACUCGGUCUGGGAAAUGGAGGACCUCAAGAGCCAUUUCAGUGGCAUGAUAUUUUGAAUCUUCAGUUUAUCAGAGGAUCUUGGAAGAUCAUACAUGGAACGGAGUUAAUCCUCAAUUUGCAAACACAGAUCGUCAUGAAAUUGCCAGUGAAGCUGUUCCGGACCGUCACUGUGGAUGUGAACAUGACUGCAGACCUGGCCAUCACCCAAGACAAACCUGGUGACCUCAAGCUGGUCCUUAAAAACUGCCGAAACCUUGUGGUUGGUUUUACCGUCAAGCUGCCUCCAGGCCUGAUUGCCUCGCUGCUCAGCAACAUGGUCAACUCGGCCAUUCAGAACACCCUGCCUGCGGUGUUGUGUCCCAUGUUUCAAGCUUGGCUCAACAUCAUCAAUACACAACUCCAGGCCCUCAACAGUGUCUCUUUUGGGAUUCUUGGCCAAAUCCACAAGGCCCUCUCCACCAUGCCGAUUUCAAGCGGACAUUUUUUCUGAGCUGGAUUUGAAGGACAAGCCAUUCCCAGGCUAUUUUCUCAAGGGUCUCCUCAGAGAUGGAAAGGACAACCCGAAGACUGCUUGAGAUGUUCCAGCAAGCCACCGGCGAGAUGCUGAACUCCUGAGCAUCGUACAAGGGACGCCAUUCCUAAGGAUCCUGGGUGCGCCUGGCCUAUAUGUGGAAGCCUCACACUGCAAACAUCUGGAAUGCAUUCCUGUCCCAGCUGUUAACUCUCUUUGUAAACUCGCCUGGGAGGCGAUAAGUCGAAACGCACCUAAGGCAAAAUAAAUGCAUGAA